GGCCCUCUUGAACCGCGUUGUGUGGACGCCAGUGCUCGUGGUGCCUCCCGGGACAAGCCUCCAGAGCCUGGUGCUCCCUGCUUCGCCCUCUGAAAUCAGACGCGUGGAACCUGCGGUGACCUCCUGCCGCUGCGAUACGGCCAAUCAAUGAAAGGGUUGCCCUCCUCCGAGGAGUCCUCCGCCGCCUCUCCGCAGGCGGAUGCCGGGGAGCCCCAAGUUAUCCGUUUCUACAGACGCCUUCCGGGCCCCGACGGGGCGAUCAAAAACCGGGCCCUCCAAUGCCUCCGGGCCCAGCUGUCGGGCCUACAGGCUGUGGAGACCGAGCUCUGCUUCAAUGUCAACUGGACAGGGGUCUCGGGGCCGACCCCUCAAGAGGAGAAGAAGCUGCGGUGGCUGUUCAGCUGUCCCCUGGAGACGGCGGGCAUCGCCAAGACGUCCUGCCUCCGGCCUGGUCCCCUUGACCUGCUCCUCGAAGUCGGGCCGAGACUGAACUUCUCCACCCCAGCGUCCACCAACAUCACGUCCGUGUGUCAGGUGGCGGGGCUGGGGGCCGUGGACCGCGUGGAGACCACCCGCCGCUACCUCCUCAGGCUGGCCCAGCCCCCGACAGCCCGGGACGAGGCCUCUGCCCUGGCCGCCCUCCACGACCGCAUGACGGAGCAGCUGUUCCCCGAGCCCAUCCGGACCUUCUCCCUGGGGGGGCCCCCCGGCCGCCCCCGCGGCGCCAUCGACGUCCUGGCCGAGGGCCGGCCCGCGUUCGAGAGGGCCAACCGGGAGCUGGGCCUGGCCUUUGACUCCUGGGACCUGGAUUUCUACACGCGGCGUUUCCAGGAGCUUGGGCGCAACCCCAGCACCGUGGAGGCCUUCGACCUGGCCCAGUCCAACAGCGAGCACAGUCGCCACUGGUUCUUCAAGGGUCGCCUGCGGGUGGAUGGCGAGGAGCUGAAGGAAUCGCUGUUUGAGGCUGUUAUGGGGACCCAGGCGUCCUCCAACCCCAACAAUGUCAUCAAAUUCUGUGACAACAGCAGUGCCAUCCAGGGGCGGAAAGUGGGGUCCCUGUGUCCCGAAGACCCCUCCAAGCCCAGCCUGUUCCAGAAGAAGCAGGGGCUGCGGCACGUCAUCUUUACCGCCGAAACGCACAACUUCCCCACCGGCGUCGCCCCCUUCAGCGGAGCCACCACGGGCACCGGGGGCAGGAUCCGGGACGUCCAGUGCACCGGCCGCGGGGCCCACGUGGUGGCCGGCACGGCGGGCUACUGCUUCGGCAACCUCCACAUCCCAGGGUACGAGCUGCCUUGGGAGGACGCCAGCCUCGAGUACCCGGACAACUUCGCCCGGCCCCUGGACGUGGCCAUCGAGGCGAGCGAUGGGGCCUCGGACUACGGGAACAAGUUCGGGGAGCCCGUGCUGACAGGCUUCGCCCGCUCCCUGGGCCUCCGGCUUCCCGACGGGCAGCGGCGAGAGUGGAUCAAACCGAUCAUGUUCAGCGGCGGCAUUGGCUCCAUGGAGGCCGCCCACGUGGGGAAGGAGACCCCUGAGGCCGGGAUGGAGGUGGUGAAGGUGGGGGGACCCGUCUACAGGAUCGGAGUUGGGGGUGGAGCGGCCUCCUCCAUCCAGGUCCAGGGCGACAGCGCGAGCGAGCUGGACUUCGGGGCGGUGCAGCGGGGAGACCCCGAGAUGGAGCAGAAGAUGAACCGGGUGAUCCGGGCCUGCGUGGAGGCCCCCGACGGGAACCCCAUCUGCAGCCUGCACGAUCAGGGUGCCGGCGGCAACGGGAACGUGUUGAAGGAACUGAGCGACCCAGCCGGAGCCGUCAUCUACACCAGCCGCUUUCAGCUGGGCGACCCGACGCUGAGCGCCCUGGAGAUCUGGGGAGCCGAGUACCAGGAAUCCAACGCCCUGCUGCUGCGGCCCACCCGGAAGAGCUUCCUCACCCGCGUGUGCGCCCGCGAGCGCUGCCCUGCCUGCUUCGUGGGCUCCAUCACCGGCGACGGGCGGGUGGUUCUGGUGGACGAUCGGGCGGUGCCCUGUGAUGGCCAAGGGGAUGACCACCCUCUCCCGACCCCCGUGGACCUGGAGCUGGACUGGGUGCUGGGCAAGAUGCCCUGCAAGGAAUUCCCCCUGACCCGGAUGCCCCCUCGGCUGACCGCCCUGAGCCUGCCGCCGUCACUGACCGUGCGCCAGGCCCUGGACCGGGUGCUGAGGCUCCCGGCUGUGGCCAGCAAGCGAUAUCUCACCAACAAGGUGGACCGCUCCGUGGGCGGCCUGGUAGCCCAGCAGCAGUGCGUCGGCCCCCUCCACACCCCGCUGGCGGACGUGGCCGUGGUGGCCCUGAGCCACGGGGAGUUGGUGGGCGCGGCCACGGCGCUCGGGGAGCAGCCGGUCAAGGGCCUACUGGACCCCCGGGCUGCCGCCCGCCUCGCGGUGACCGAAGCCCUGACUAAUCUGGUGUUCGCCAGGGUCACCGACCUGCGGGAUGUGAAGUGCAGCGCGAACUGGAUGUGGGCGGCCAAGCUGCCCGGGGAGGGGGCUGCCCUGGUGGACGCCUGCGGGGCCAUGGUGGCGGUGCUGAAGGCGCUGGGGGUGGCGGUGGACGGCGGCAAAGACUCUCUCAGCAUGGCCGCCCGUGUGGGCGCAGACACAGUGCGUGCCCCUGGCUCCCUGGUGAUCUCUGCUUAUGCCGUCUGCCCCGACAUCACAGCCACCGUGACCCCUGACCUCAAGAACCCCGGAGGGCAAGGCUGCCUCCUGUUCGUCCCUCUGAACCCGGGGCGGCACCGCCUGGGCGGCAGCGCCCUGGCUCAGACCUUCUCCCAGCUGGGGGAUUCGGCGCCGGACCUGGAUGACCCCGCCAGCCUGGUCCGCGCCUUCAGCGUCACUCAGGAGCUGCUCGCCGACGGACUCCUCAGCGCCGGCCACGACGUCAGUGAUGGCGGCCUGGUCACCUGCCUCUUGGAGAUGGCCUUCGCCGGCAACUGCGGCCUCGAGGUGGACAUCGCCGCCACCCCCGGAGCUGACCCGCUGGCCGUGCUGUUCGCCGAGGAGCCGGGGCUAGUCCUGGAGGUGGGCGAGGGUGGCGAGGCCGCGGCCAAGGUCCAGAAGAGCUACGAGGACGCGGGGCUGACCUGCCUGCGGCUGGGCCGCACGGGGCCCCUGGGGCCCCGAUCUGUGGUGUGCGUGUCAGUGAACGGAGAGUCACUGGUGGAGGAGGCCGUGGGGUGGCUGCGGGCGCUGUGGGAGGAGACCAGCUUCCGGCUGGAGCGGCUGCAGGCCGAGCCGGGCUGCGUGGAGGAGGAGGAGGAAGGCCUGAAGGAGCGGGCCGGACCCCGGUACACCCUGCCCCCCGGGGACGGCCCCAUCCCGCUGCCCCCCCAGCCCGGGAGCCCCGUCCCCCGAGUCGCCGUCCUGAGGGAGGAAGGAAGCAACGGAGACCGCGAGAUGGCCAGCGCCUUCCACAUGGCCGGGUUUGAGGUGUGGGACGUGACGAUGCAGGACCUGUGCGUGGGGACCAUCGGCUUGGACACGUUCCGGGGCGUGGCCUUCGUGGGCGGCUUCAGCUACGCCGAUGUCCUGGGCUCGGCCAAGGGCUGGGCCGCGUCCGCCACCUUUAACCCCCGGGCCCGGAGGGAGCUGUCCAGAUUCCGCCGGCGGCCGGACACCUUCAGCCUGGGCGUCUGUAACGGCUGCCAGCUGAUGGCCCUGCUCGGGUGGGUGGGGGCCGAUCCUCCCAAGAAAAGGGCCCGGGAGGAGGAGGAGGAAGAGGAGGCAGAGACCAAGACGGAGGAGGAGGAGGAGGAGGAAGACCCCAUUGCCCGGCCCGGCCUCCACCUGCAGCCCAAUCGGUCCGGACGUUUCGAGUCCCGGUGGGUCAGCCUACGUGUGGAGCCCGGGCCCGCUCUCAUGCUGAAGGGGCUGGCGGGGGCCGUGCUGCCCGUCUGGGUUGCCCACGGUGAAGGCUACAUGCGCUUCCGCUCACCCGAACUGCGCGAUCGACUGGUGGCGUCCGGCCUGGCCCCCCUCCGCUACGCCGACGACGCGGGGGUCCCCACGGAGCGCUACCCGCUGAACCCCAACGGCUCCCCGGGAGGCGUGGCGGGCGUCUGCUCCCCCGACGGCCGCCACCUGGCCCUCAUGCCUCACCCGGAGCGGGCCGUGCGGCUGUGGCAGUGGGCCUGGCGGCCCCCGGCCCUGGACUCCCUGGCGGAGUCGCCGUGGCUCCGGCUCUUCCUCAACGCCCACGACUGGUGCCGGGCCGGGCCGGCCUGAGGCGGAGCCGCCUCCCGCCCGAAAGCCAACGGCCUCCCGGUAAAGUUAGUGUCGGAAAUUUUCUAUUUCCUGCUCCGGGCCUGAGUCUGUCCAGGAGGGGUGGCUCCUGGAGGGCAGCCAGCCCUCUGGGCCUAGGCAGGGGAGGAGCACGUCCACAACUCAUUGAUUGGGUAGGGACUGUCUCUAUAAUGUUGCCAAUUUGUACUUCCCAAGCGCUUAGC